CAAAAGAGCGAGACAGCGCCCGACCUUGGUCCUGCUACCAACCCCACUACUCUCGCCGGGGAGUCAACUGGGCCAGCCUUCUCGAUAACGUCAGGCCACGGCACAAGUCCAUUCUUCUGCUCACCUUGAUAACCAACCCUCUUCCCCUUCCCGUACUGCACUUGCCCGUGUUCCUUCUUCCAGCCCAUCCGCUGUCUCCUGUGAGAGCGGCACGUCACCCCACCACUAUCCCCCCCCCCCGCCUGUCGCUCACUUGUCGCUUAGCCGCACAAUGUCGUCGCGACGCUACCCAACCGCUGAGCUCUAUGAGGAGCGUGAGCGCGACUUCUACCGCAAUGGAAACCGCAGCGAUCGCAACUACGAGGAACUUGACCUCGAGCUGCGACGCGGCACUGGCCCCGACCCGCGGCGCAGUGCCCCCGACUUCUUCCGCGAGGACUACAACCGCCCGACUGCUGGCCCCAUGGUUCUGAGGAGUCGUGAUGAAGACAACUUCUCGCGAGCAGGACCCCGCAGCAGCCGCGGCGGCUUCGACGACGAUGUGCGCUCUACCCGAAGCCGUCCCCCGCCUCCGCCCUCUGCUAUGCGGGGCAUGGAGCGGGACGACAUCAGCAUCCGUCACAGCGAGGCCCCGACGCGCCGCGGACGGGGAGACGACAUUGACGAGACGGACAUCACCAUCAAACGCCGCGAGCAGUCCCGUGGCCCGCCAGAGCGCGACGACAUCAUUUUCCGCCGUGGCGAUGGCCCCCCUGUGAGAUCUGUCAGCCGACCCGCCCCGCGUCAGGUGGACGACGACGAUGUGCGCUUCCGGGGCCGCGGUGGAAACGACAUCGACUUCCACGCGUCCCGCAGCGAAGUCAGCCGCCACGGCAGGGACGUCUCUGCUGAACGAGGCUCCAUCCGCUUCCAAGAGCGUGACGGUAACUUCGAGCUUCGCGCAAACCGCCGAGAAUUCAGCCGCGAUGGCAGGGACACCAGCAGAGAGAGGAGCUCCUUGACGAUUAGAAACCGCGAGAGGAGUCUCCCUCCCCCAUCACGCAACCGCGGCGAUCUGGUCGCCAGGGAGCGCGAGGAGUUUGUCAUCCGCCGUCCACGCGCCGAGUCUCCCCCUCAGAACAACCGCGAAGUCAUAAGAGACGAGAUCAUCAUCCGCCGCAAAGAGGAGCGAGCACCCACUCCUUCGCCCUCUCCAUCCCCGCCUCCUCCACCCCCAGCGCCAGCUCCUGAGCCGGAGAUCCGACCCCCGAUCAUCCAGGAGAUCAUCACACAUCACCGACACAUUGACCAUGGUGUCGUCAGGGCCCGCACGCCAACACCGCCUCCCCCACCGGCGCCGCCGUCUCCUCCCCCUCCACUAAACGAGACCCUCGAGAUCGAGAUCAACCGACGAGAGAGCCACAGCCGUGGACGUGGAAGGAGCAACUUCGAGGAGCUCGAUAUUGAUAUCAACUUCAACCGCGACCAGGGAUCGGUGAAGCAGAAGAAGAAGGACAUGUGGACCGAAAUCACAAAGGACCUGGUGAUCCGCGAAGCCAUCGACUCGUGCGGCUACUCAUGCGAGGAGACCGACGACUUUUUCUACGUCAUGGAGUACCUGCGAUACGAGGACGUUUUGCAUCUCGUGGAGAUCUCCGACGAAAUCCGUCGUAAGCGCAAGAGCCGCAUUCGGGAAAUCGAGAUUGAGCGCAAGUCUAUCCACGACUCUCGCCCAGCCUCAGCUUAUGACGACCGUUUCUACGAGCACGAAGUAUCUUUCGACAGCCGUCGCAGCCGAUACCGUUAGAUUCUGAACGUGGACGAGGACCCUCGUACAGCUUUCACUUGACGCCGGACCUGCGGGUUGGACAUUCGGGAGCCCUUCAGGGAAGUCUCACACAAU